CCCAGAAGGCGCCGGGUUUCCCAAGAUGGCGGCCGACGUGUCCGUUACUCACCGGCCGCCGCUGAGCCCGAAGGUGGAGGCCGAAGCGGAAACUCCCGAGACCGUCGAUCGCCGGGCGCCCGAACAAGAGUUGCCGCCGCUCGAUCCGGAAGAGAUCCGGAAACGCCUGGAACACACUGAGCGCCAGUUCCGUAACCGCCGCAAGAUACUGAUCCGAGGCCUCCCGGGGGACGUGACCAACCAGGAAGUACAUGACCUCCUGAGCGACUACGAACUCAAGUACUGUUUCGUGGACAAAUACAAAGGGACAGCUUUUGUGACUCUGCUGAAUGGGGAGCAGGCUGAAGCUGCCAUCAACACCUUCCACCAGAGCCGCCUUCGAGAGCGGGAGCUGUCAGUUCAGUUGCAGCCUACCGAUGCUCUGCUGUGCGUGGCCAACCUACCACCUAGUCUGACACAGGCACAAUUUGAAGAGCUGGUGCGGCCCUUUGGCAGCCUGGAGCGCUGCUUCCUAGUGUACAGUGAGCGCACUGGCCACUCUAAAGGAUAUGGCUUUGCAGAGUACAUGAAGAAAGACUCAGCAGCCAGGGCCAAGUCUGACUUGCUGGGCAAGCCACUGGGCCCACGCACACUGUACGUGCACUGGACAGAUGCUGGGCAGCUGACCCCUGCAUUGUUGCAUUCUCGGUGCCUCUGUGUGGACCACCUGCCACCUGGCUUCAGCGAUGUGGAUGCCCUGCGCCGGGCUCUGUCAGUGGUCUAUACCCCCACCUUCUGUCAGCUGGCAUGUGGCCAGGAUGGGCAGCUAAAGGGCUUCGCGGUGCUGGAGUACGAGACAGCAGAGAUGGCAGAGGCAGCACAAGAACGGGCAGAUGGCCAGGCCCUGGGUGACAGCCACCUACGUGUGUCUUUCUGUGCCCCAGGUCCCCCUGGCCGCAGCAUGCUAGCAGCACUCAUUGCUGCCCAGGCCACGGCUCUCAAUCGAGGCAAGGGACUCCUGCCUGAGCCAAAUCUUCUGCAGCUAUUGAACAACCUGGGCCCAUCUGCAUCCCUCCAGCUGCUCCUCAACCCUCUGCUUCAUGGGGGAGCCAGUGGCAAGCAGGGUCUCCUGGGUGCGCCCCCUGCUAUGCCACUGCUCAGUGGGCCUGCCCUGUCCACUGCACUGCUGCAGCUAGCCCUGCAGAGCCAGAGCCAGAACCAGAGCCAGAGUCAGAAGAAGCCUGGGAUCCUGGGCGACUCACCUCUGGGUACCCUCCAGGCCGGGGCCCAACCUUCCAACUCCCUCCUUGGGGAGCUGUCUGCAGGGGGGGGCCUAGCCCCGGAACUGCCGCCCCGCCGAGGGAAGCCACAACCCUUACUACCACCAUUGCUGGGUCCCUCUGGGGGUGACCGGGAGCCCAUGGGUCUGGGUCCCCCAGCAUCCCAGCUCACUCCACCCCCAGCCCCUGUGGGGCUCCGAGGCUCCAACCAUAGAGGCCUCCCGAAGGACAGUGGGCCCCUGCCAACGCCCCCUGGGGUCUCACUGCUGGGGGAGCCCCCAAAGGACUACCGCAUCCCCCUCAACCCCUACCUGAAUCUACACAGCCUGCUUCCAUCCAGUAACCUGGCAGGCAAGGAGACCCGGGGCUGGGGAGGCUCUGGGAGAGGCCGCCGCCCAGCUGAGCCCCCCUUGCCUAGCCCUGCAGUUCCUGGUGGAGGCAGUGGUAGCAACAAUGGCAACAAAGCCUUCCAAAUGAAGUCCCGCCUGCUCAGCCCCAUCGCCAGCAACCGCCUGCCCCCUGAGCCAGGGCUGUCUGACAGCUAUGGCUUUGAUUACCCCACAGAUGUGGGACCUAGACGACUCUUCUCCCACCCUCGGGAACCAACCUUAGGGGCUCAUGGCCCCAGCCGACACAAGAUGUCCCCCCCACCUAGCAGCUUCAAUGAGCCCCGAAGUGGUGGAGGCAGUGGGGGACCCCUCUCUCAUUUUUACUCUGGCUCACCCACCUCCUACUUCACCAGUGGCCUACAGGCUGGCCUCAAGCAGAGCCACCUGAACAAGGCUGUUGGUUCGUCCCCAGUGGGCUCCAGUGAAGGGCUCCUGGGCCUGGGCCCUGGGCCCAAUGGUCACAGUCACCUGCUGAAGACCCCACUGGGUGGCCAGAAACGCAGUUUUUCCCACCUGCUGCCCUCACCUGAGCCCAGCCCAGAGGGCAGCUACGUGGGCCAGCACUCCCAGGGCCUCGGCGGCCACUACGCGGACUCCUACCUGAAGCGGAAGAGGAUUUUCUAAGGGGUCGACACCAGAGAUACUCCAAGGGCCUGCACCAAGUUGCUUUUGGGUUUUUUCUGGUAUUUGUGUUUUCUGGGAUUUUAUUUUUAUUAUUUUUUUUUUAUGUCCUUUCUUUGGGUAAUAGAGAAAUCUCUGCAAAAGACUUUGCUGACCAACCAGCUGGAGCUCAAGGAAUGUGGGGUAUCUGGGGCCACACCAUUACCUGUGGGCUUGCUCCUGGAGCCAAACCCUGCAGCCUUAAGAGAGAGGGGCCUGGCCUGCUCUCUUUCCCUCCCUAGCUCCAGGCCUCCUCUCCUGCCUCGUCACUCCUGUGUUCUGGCCUCUUGAGUGCCUUUGGAGGUGUCUCUGACCUGUAAGGAUCAGAGACAGUCCCCGUUUUUAAACUUCGACAAUUGACUUUGAUUUCCUUUUCUAAUUUUUAUUAUUUUUUAAAACAACCAGGAUGAUGAUCACCUCUACUCCCCCAUCCCUUCAGAAAAGCCCCAAAUUGAUUCUUUCAGGGUCUGGCCUGCCCAGGCUGUGUUCCACACGUGCAGGUUCCAACAGCUUAACCCUAUUCUCUUCCCAGUCAUCUGCUGCAGGUAUAGCUGUCUCAUGCCCCUGCCUGCCUAUUCUGGCCAGUACCCUAAGCCCCAAGAUCUCCAGCCCCUGCCCCAGUAUCCUUGCCUUCUGAUGCCUUAAAGUUGGGCCACAGGUCCUACUGGGUCAGAGCCUCUCAGAUGCGGAGCUCCAAAAGCUCGGCUCAGGACCAAAGAGCUCUGGCCUAGGGUUCAUCCUUUCUCCAGGUGUCUGCCCUGUGGACAGAAGGCUAAAGCCUUGAUCUUGGCAAACGACCCCUUUUGCCCAAAGCCUGGAUGCAGAGACCAGUAUUUUCUGCUGGCUUCAACAGUCUCCCCUGCUGUCUGUGAAAGGUGACCAUUGUACCCAGGCCACUGGGCCUCUACCAUGUUCCCUCAAACCCAGGUCAUUACCAUCCCCAGGGUGGAUCACUGGAGCAGACCUCCUCUCUGCCCAUUUGAGGGGACCUAGGGGCUCUGCCCUUGGCCAGCUGAACCACCACCAGCUUCCCUCCCCAAACAUGAUAACCCAAACCCACUCCAGUGGGCGUAUCUCCCCCCCUCACCCCACCCCCACCCCCUGCACAGACCUUUGCUGAAUUAAAGUUUGUAAGUAAACGGUUU